UCCGUUUUUUCACCUGUCUAGAAGCUAAAGAUGGCUGAAGCUCCUCCAUGCCCCAGUCGAUUCUUUUGUCACAGAUGCUCACAAGAGAUCAGUCCUCGGCUUCCCGAGUAUAUGUGUCCACAAUGCGAGUCUGGAUUUAUUGAGGAGCUACUGGAAGAAAGAAGUGCUGACAAUGGUUCCGUGUCCAACAUCUCCAGCGGCUUCCAGAACCAACAACCAUUUGAGAAUGUGGAACAGCAGUUAUUUCCAUUCCCUUCAGGCUUUGGUCAGAUAUCCUUCAGCGUCAUUGAUGACAGCUUUGACCUCGGGCCUGGAUUGAGAGCGGAGGACAGUCGGGAUGCUGAAAACCAGUCUGAAAGGGUGACGUCAUCUCGGCAGCGACACACUGCAGGGCAACCAAGAAGUCGUCAUGGAUCAAGGCGCCAAGCGGGAAGACAUGAUGGGGUUCCUACUCUAGAAGGAAUCAUCCAACAGCUUGUGAAUGGAAUAAUUGCACCUACUGCAAUGCCAAACAUUGGUGUUGGAGCCUGGGGGGUUCUCCACUCCAAUCCAAUGGACUAUGCCUGGGGCGCUAAUGGACUUGAUACUAUUAUUACACAGUUAUUAAACCAGUUUGAGAACACAGGGCCACCGCCUGCUGAUGGAGACAAAAUAAAAAGUCUUCCCACAGUACAAAUUAAUGAUGAGCAUGUUGCUUCCAGGCUGGAAUGUCCAGUGUGUAAAGAAGAUUACAGUGUUGGAGAAAACGUGCGGCAGCUCCCGUGCAAUCACAUGUUUCACAAUGAUUGCAUAGUCCCUUGGCUGGAACAGCAUGACACUUGUCCAGUAUGCAGGAAGAGCUUAAGUGGCCAGAACACGGCAACGAACCCUCCAGAGCUAUCAGGGAUGAACUUUACCUCAUCUUCAUCAUCCUCCUCCUCCUCUACCCCUCAGUCUUCAGGUUCUACCAGUAACGAGAACUCCACUGAUAACUCUUAGGAAGGGCGUUUGUUUUGAUCGCCUCAUGAGCUGUUUUCUGCUCCUUUGCUGCUCUACUUUAGAGCAAUGUCCCUCCCUGCAGUAGGGCAGAGACCUGAGUGCAUAUCACCAGGAUCACUCAGGCCUGUUUCAUAGGUAAGUGAUACAUGUGUUUAUGUAUUCUUGCCCAGCUUGCCCCCCCCCCACCUUCAUCAGGAAUGUGAACAGUGGAAGGGUAGAGGCCUACCCUGCAGCUUCUGACUGGGAGGAUGUGGAAAAGCAUGAGACUGGUGGUGCUGAAACGGCAUCUGAAAGGAGAGUAACUGAGGUAGAAGCACCAAGGCUGCUGGCAGUUUUAUACAUUUUUUAAGUUUGGUUGGUUCAAUUUAACCCACUUUUGCCAUUAGCACAUGAUAUGGUUGUUCCUUUUUUAAAGUAGCAUAAAAAUAUUUGAAUGCUUAGUUUCAUUUUGCAUUACGAUGUAAUCCUUUGGUUUGAAAGAAUAGUCCAUACGUUUCCAAUCAAAAUAAACAGUUUUUAUAGUUGUUUAUUUUGAACAAAUAUUAUCCCAUGAGUUGCAGUGAUUGUUUGAAUUAAGCUAUUUAUUACCAAAGCCUAGCCCAGGUGUUUGAUAACAAUUUAGAUUUUCUAUCCCAGAUGCUACAUCUUUUGGUGACAAUGCUAAGCUUUAAAAAAAAAAAAACAGUUUGUGGUGCAGAAAUACAGAGAUUGUUUAAUGCUAAAACAGAGGCCCACUUUGCACACCCCUGCUCUUUUUCUAGAAGCCAAAACUGCAGUGCAGCACAUAUAUCUUUAAAUUCAAAUAAUUAACCAUUGGAAGGUGAAGAUCAAGGGUAGAAAAUGGCUACACCUUCACUCAAGUUCAGAGGCAUCUUAUUGGAUGUAAAAAAAAA